AUGGGACAAACUGGUCUGGGGCCCCAGCCGUGUGGUGGACCCUCUGAUCCCCAGAUGUGGCUGAGGCUGGAGGCCUCUGAUCUGAUAUUACAUCAGACAGGAAAGGUACCUGUAUACAAGUAUGUCACACAGCCUUAUGUUUUGGGGAUAACCAAUGACGGAAGAAACCUCAUAGGCCCAGGGAGUUCAGAACCAAGGGUUCAGGCUGAACAAGUCACAGAUACUAUUCACAAAGCUGGGAACACAGAAGAGAUGCAGACUGACAAAAAGAUGACUUUGCCUGUGAGACAUACAAGUAGACUUGUCUACAAGACCCUGAGGUCCGCCUUUGCAAACCUGAGAUUCUUAAAGCCCCUCUGGUCUCAGGAAGCCCUUCUCAAUCUCUACGUGCCUCCGGCCACUAACGAGGAGAGGCACAGGGGACGGCCUUCCCUGCUCAUUCCUCCCAACCACACGGGGCGCCAAGUGCCAACAUUCUCUUUCAGAAAGCUCUCCCGUACCCCCACAGCCCCUCUUGUUUUUCCACGCACCCGCCCCAACCCAAGGCGCAGGCGCCACCCCUCAGCUUCUCACCCCUCCCAACCAGCGAGCACGGCGCAAACGACGGAAGCUUGGCGUCCGAAGCUGUGGCGCGCCCAGAGGCAGGCCGCACGGCGAUUGGUCAGGCGCGGGUCACGUGAUUCCGGUGUCCCCGCACGAGCAUGCGCAGAGUGGGUCUGCACGCCCGUGACGGAACGACGAGGCGUAGGGGUGCGCGACCUCGCCCGCCCGGCCCGGCCCCCUCCCCUUGGCCUGCCGCUCCGCCCCCGCGGGGCGUCCCGGGCCGCUCGUCCCCUCAGCGGCGGCCGCACGCGGCCCGGGGUCGCCCAGAAACCGAGCAGCAACAGCCCUUGGAGAGAGACUAAGUUUUUCUUGACUUCUACGGUGACAGAGACCUUGAGAAAGUUGGUACUUCUGGCCUACGCUGCCAACAUCCUACCACCCAGCCCAAGACAGCCCACGCUGGACAUUAGUGCCUCCCUCUUUAUUCCUCUGUGAUCAUCCAGAUCAGCACCUGACUGUUUAUUUUCAAAUCUCACAAACCCAGUUCAGUCCUCAGAUCUUCGUAAUUUUGGUUCUCAGGUGAAUAGAAUCUUGUUUUUU